AUGCGUUCCGUUCUUCUUGCAUCACUGGCCUCGCUGUCGGCCAUUGGCGUCCAUGGCCACCCUCAUCCACGCAACAAUGGGCUUGCUCGACGGGCUGUCGACUUGGAUGCCUUUCGUAUCAAGCAUGCUGCUGUGUACACGAACGUGACCCAGGUCGAGGUUGACCCCGCCAUCAACUCCAAUCUCACAAGACGUGCCAGUGCCCAGGACGUUGCAGAUGAAUUAGUCAAGUUGACUGUUCCUGGCGCUACUUUCCGUCUUUCUCCAGACUCGUAUGUCGGCACCAACGGAGUAGCCCACUUUUACUACAAGCAAACUGCCAACGGUUUGGAUAUUGACACUGCCGACUUCAACGUCAACAUUGCCCGUGACGGCAAGGUUUUCUCGUUUGGAAACUCAUUCUACAAGGGUGAUAUUCCAGCACCACCAAGCCUGAGCAAGCGUGAUGCAGCUGAGCCUGUCAACGCUCUGAAGUCGGCCGUCAAAAUCCUUUCCCUUCCUGUAUCUGCCCAGUCAGCUACUGCUGAGCCCAAGGAGAGCGACAAAGUAUACACCAUCAAGAAGACGACUGGAUGUGUUAGCGACCCAGAAGCACGCCUUGUCUAUCUUAUCAACGAAGAGGGCAAGCUCUCGCUUACAUGGAGAAUCGAGACCGACAUCCUCAGCAACUGGCUCCUGACCUAUGUCGAUGCCGAAAACGGCAACAAGGUGCAUGCUGCCAUUGACUAUUCCGCCGAUGCUUCGUACAACGUCUACCCCUGGGGAAUGGCCAACCCAGACGAAGGAGGACGAUCGCUUAUCAAAGAUCCCGAGUACAAGCCAGCCAGCGAAUUUGGAUGGCACAGCGACGGUACCCAGAAAUUCAACACGACCCGCGGUAACAACGCCGUGGCUCAUUCCAACUGGGACAACGCAUCCAGCAACCUCCUCAAUCUGCCUCGCCCUGUUGUCGAGGAUCUGGUCUUUGACUUCCCCUACUCAACCCAGGAAUCCGAGUGGAAGUCAUACGUCAACGCCUCCAUUACCCAGCUCUUCUACACAUCCAACGUCUACCACGACCUCCUGCACACGCUCGGCUUCAACGAAGCAGCCGGCAACUUUGAAAUCAACAACAACGGCGCCGGCGGCAAAGGAAACGACUUUGUCUACCUCAACUCCCAAGACGGCAGCGACACGGACAACGCAAACUUUGCUACUCCCCCCGACGGCAGCCCUGCCCGCAUGCGCAUGUACAUGUUCACCUCGACGACGCCCUGGCGCGACAGCUCCUUCGACGCCGGUGUCGUAAUCCACGAGUACACACACGGCCUGUCCACGCGGCUCACAGGCGGCCCUGCAAACUCGGGCUGCCUCAGUCUGCUCGAAUCCGGCGGCAUGGGCGAAGGCUGGAGCGACCUGUACGCCACAGCGCUGCGCCUCAAGGCAGGCGACACGCGCAAAACCAACUACCCGAUUGGCGAAUGGGUGACUGGCGUCGCAAAGGGCAUCCGCAACUACGUCUACUCCACCGACAUGACGACGAACCCGCAGGUGUACUCUGACGCAGACAAGUACACGCGCGUGCACCCCAUCGGCAACAUCUGGGCAUCGAUGCUGUACGAAGUCCUGUGGAACCUCAUCGACAAGCACGGCAAAAACGACGCCGCCCUCCCUUCCUUCGACGCAAACGGCGUCCCGACAGACGGAAAAUACCUUGCGCUCAAAAUCAUCAUGGACGGCAUGGCCCUGCAGCCCUGCAACCCCACCAUGGUCUCUGCCCGCGACGCCAUCAUCGACGCCGACAAGGCCCUGACCUCGGGCCAGAACGCAUGCGAAAUCUGGAAGGCCUUUGCAAAGAGAGGCCUCGGCGAGGGCGCCGUCUACUCGGCUACCGCGCGCACAAACAGUUUUACCGUCCCCGCCGGCGUCUGCUGAAACCUAAUAGCCGUAACAGAAGCGGCUGAGAAUUGAUGAAGAUAUGAUAAUCAUGGGUAAUGGUAAUGCCCGCGUUUGGGGAAAACCACCGCUACUACUACUACUGGCAUAGCACUGGCGUUUUUAGGGCGCGCUAACGAAUUCCCCGGUAUCAAGAGCAUUGGGGGCCUUUUUGGGUUUUGUGCAAGCGUCUCUCUUCAGCGGGGGGAUAUGAUAUAAUUUUUUUUUUCGCUUUCUCAUGUGUAUAUCUUUAUCACGG